AGUACAAGAUCUAAAAAGCUAGUUUUGAUGGUAAAUAUUAAACAAGGAAUGCAUGUCUUACAUCUUUCCCCUACCAUCAAAUCCCCCCAACCCCACUUUUCCACCUUACUAAUUCACCUCUUUAUCUACUUCUCCACCCUUUGAUAAUCUCCCAAAGUAAGCAUCUUUCUCUUGUGUUAUAAUAUGUAAGUAAUGGGAAGGACAUUCACAGCUUGUCUUUCUCCAUUUCACCAAAGAAAAUGCAUCUUUCAUAUUACAAAUAGUGAAACUAUGGCUCUCUUUGCUUCAUUCACCAAAGAAAUCAAGAAUCUCCAAUCAUCACUACUAUCCAACAAUUCUUUAACUCUUCAAUGGUGUGUAGAAGCCAUGACUCUACUGAAAAAACUCCACUCUCAAUUUCUUCUCAUCAUAUUGGAGAAAUCAAAGGGAAUACAUUUUACAUGGGUCAAUGAUGACAUGUUGAAUCUAUACAUGAAUGAGAGUUUAAACAUCAUGGAGCUUUGUAACAUGUUGAAGUCAUCAAGUUUUAAGAUCAACAUGUAUCAUUUAACAAUUGAUACUACAAUCAAGAAUCUAAAUCAUCAUGAGGCUAAAGCAUUUGCCAGUAUGCAACCAAUUGUACAAAAAGACAACAAGAGUAUUCUUAUUCAAGAAAUGCAAAGGGAUUAUUGUUCAAGUUUGGUUUGCACAAUUAGAGUUGCAAUGAGUUUAUUAUCUUACAUUCUUUUAAAUGUUUUUAUGUAUCCAACUAAGAAUUAUAACGUUGAAGUUGUUGAUAGGAUUUGUUGCAAGUACUCUUCUCCAAUUAAGUCAUUCAAGGACUCAGUUAAUGAACUUGCCACUGAAUUUGAAAGGAAAUAUUACAAUGAUGGAGAAAGAGGAGUAAUGAGAUUUUAUGAGUAUGAAGAAAUGGAGAAGGCAAUAGUGGAAGCAAAAGAAAAGUUUAAAAGUGGAUAUGAAGAAGAAGAAAUAAAGAGAAUUAAAGAUGUUAUUUUUCAGAAAUCUAUAGCUCUAAAGGCUGGUUUGGAGAAGUUUGAAUUACAAGUUGAUCAAGUAUUUGAAGAGGUGCUAAAAGGAAGGAAUAAAUUGCUCCAAAUGGUUGGUAAAGCCAAUGGAAUUUUUAGAUAAGUCAUACUUUACUUCUUGUAUAUAUUUCUUCUUCAUUUUUUUUUCAAGGGCAGAGUUGGUCAAUAUAUAUAUAUAUAUAUAUAUAUAUAUAUAAUACUCUCUAUAUGGUCCACUUUAUAUGACAACUUUCUAAUUAACUAUUAAUUAUAUAAUAUAAUUGAACUC